UUGGAGGAAGUCACUGCUAUAUGUCUUCUCUAAUGGUGAUAAUUUUAUUAGUAAUGUAGUUCAUAAAGUCAUUGCUGCUGGGAUUUACGGAGAUAGAAGGCUCAACACAGCUAUGACUCUUAGUCAGCCUGGCUACAGUGCUGAAAAGAAACCUGGGGUUGUUUUUAUUUUCCUCAAUUAAGGAGGAAUAUUAUGUUUUUCUAGCAGCACAAAGUGCUUUUUUAUAUAUUAUUAGACUAUCCCUUCAUGCAACGCAGUUUACAUUUAUUUUGUUGGAACGCCACUGUCUUUCUAGUUGUCGCGUCCUGUGCUUUAGGCUGCGGAUCUCUGAGUUAUACCACGGAGCUAACCUCCUCUGAUUCACUGCCUUUCUUUCAUAAGGAUUAAGGUGACUGUUCUCUGUGUAUCUAAAAGACAAUGAGACAAAAGAUGAUGGAAUCAUCUACUUGAAUCUGACAACAGCGUUGUCAGAUAAACAUCUGCCAUAUUAAGACUUCUUUCCAGCUGCUGCAAGGCUCAGAGUGAGGCUCUCAAAUGAGUUAUAAGUAUGUUUAGGUUUAGGAGUAAUUAGUAAAUCUGAUAACUGGUUAGUAUGGAUUGUGUGCACCUAUCUAUUUAUAUUUUUUUGUUUACAUGCAUAACUGUAUUCCCCAUUUUAGUUUUUUAAAUUGUAACGUUUCAAUAAAAAACAGGAAGGAAACAGGGGACAGGAAGUGACGUUUGCGUACGAACUGAGGGACGCACAUCUAGAAAUGCAGUUUUAAUGCAGAGAUGAUGGCGGGUACGUGUUUGUGCUGUCGCGAAACGUUGUAGUUCGACUGUCUCAUAGUGGAUGGUAUCGGCCUGGCGGAGGGACGGUUGGAACGCGCACUUCCGGUUCUGUCCUUUGAAGCCGGUCCUCUAAGAGGUCAUGUGUCUUUAUCAUGAACCCUGUCCCAAAGCGUCUCAAGCUGGUUUCGUCCAAACCACGACCUGCCUUUUGCCCUGAUGACUUCCUGCUGGAGGAGGAGGGGCAGUGUUACCUGCUGGCGGAGGAAGAUAUUACUGACUCUAGCCUCGUCAUCACCAUGGACGACAGGCAAGAGAUGAAGGCAGCAAAAAGGAAAGUGAAGAGGAAAAGGAAGAAGAAACAAACGGAGGACGGAGUGGAGGUGGAAAUUGACAGACAGCUUGACCAAUCACUUGAGACUAAAUCUAAGCAACACAACCUGACCACAGUGAAUGUCAGAAACAUCCUUCACGAAGUCAUUACUAAUGAGCAUGUAGUUGCCAUGAUGAAAGCUGCCAUCAACGAGACAGAGGCCAUCCCCCCCUUUGAGCCCAAAAUGACUCGAUCCAAGUUAAAGGAAGUGGUUGAGAAAGGAGUGGUGAUUCCCACGUGGAAUAUUUCUCCCAUCAAGAAAACCUGUGACAUCAAGCCUCGUCAGUUUGUUGACAUCCCUCUAGCUGAGGAAGACUCCUCUGAUGAAGAGUACCAUCCUGAUGAGGAAGAGGAUGAUGAGACUGCUGAAGAUACAUUCCAGGAGAGCGACAUGGAAAGCACAGCUUCGUCUCCCAGAGGAAGUCGACUGACCCGACUGGAGGAGGACACCUGCAGCCCCUGGCAGAUGUCACGGGCCCAGUCCAGGUGCUUUAGGUCAGGGUCUGGCUCAAUGGGCCCUCCUCCUCCUCCUAAAACUCUGCCUCCCAAAGCUGUAACUGACAGCACGUUCCUGGAGAAGCUCCAUGCUGUGGAUGAGGAGCUGGCUGUCUGUAUGGAGCCCUACCAGCCUUUGUCAGAAACUGAAGAUGAGGCUGGUCUGAUGGCAUAUCGGACCCGGUCUAAACGUCCUCUACGAAACAUCCCGCUGGGCCGCCUUGAGGCGGAGCUCCGAGCGCCGGACAUCACACCUGACAUGUAUGCUUCGAGCUCCGCCCCUGAAGACAAGGAAUGGACUGAUUGGCUGAGAGGCCUGAUGAGCUCUGACAUGGACAACGAAGAAGAGUGUGAUGAUGAAGAUGAUCCAGAGUAUAACUUCCUGGCUGACAUUGAUGAGCCUGACCUGGAGGAUUAUCGUGAUGACAAAGCUGUCCGCAUCACCAAGAAGGAGGUGAAUGAACUGAUGGAAGAGCUAUUUCAAACGCUGAAAGAGGAUCUUGCUGGACAGGAAGUGGACGAUGAUAUCCAUGAGGAAGAUGGGGAGCCACACAGUGUUCAGAUACACACACCUGAGGAGCAGCACAGCACAGCACUGUGCGUCGACGCAGAGCAGGAGGCAUUCUCAGAUCUACGUACAGUAAAGCAGCAGCUGGCACUGAUCCGGAAGAGACAACAGACACACACCCUGUGUAAUGCUGAGCCAUACACACUAAUUCUAGAUGAACAGCACAAGUGUAGACUGCAGCAGCAGCUCCAGCAGCACGUCCAGCUGUUGACUCAGAUACACCUGUUGAGUUUACCAGUGGCCAAACUUCACAGUGAGGCGAAUACCACCAGACAGUUCCUGUUUGAGCUGGAUAUGUUGGCUCAGAGGGCUGAGCUGCUCAUGUCGGCAGCUCAUCCUGGGCUCUGCAGCAUCUUUCGAGCUUCAAACCUGCAGGGGGCCCUGCAGCUGCUGGAGGAGCUGCGACUGACCCCCAUCGUUUACCAGCCGCAAUGCCACCCACCAGACGCCAGGGGACAAAUGCGGUGUUACCCUGUAAUGCCAUCUGAACUGGCCUGGCUUUUUGCAACCCGUCCCAUCUUCCUCUACCCAGAACUGUUACCCUGUGCUAGCCUCGACCCAGUUCUGUACUGCCCCCGCAGGACUUCUGCAUUCACUGCAGCUGAGGACUGUCUCCUGGUUCUUGGUCUCAGAAACAUGGAGGGCUCAUGUGACCCAACUAAAAUGGUUUCUCAGUUCUUGCUGAGGAAGACCCUGGUCCAGGUCAGAAGAAGAAUCCUACAGUGCUGCAGACCCGGUUCUCCUGACAACAUUGUAAAGGCUUACAGGUAUCAGCGAGUCCUGUGGCCUAUGCGGGUGGCCUGCCACCAUGUGGACCCGUCAGAUCAACGCGCUCCUGUGGAGAGAGAGGAGCGCCUCAUGCCUUUGUGGCUGGUGAGAAGUCUUCCUGUUAUCUACCCAACUAUCCAACACUACAACAGCAACACAGACUCUGGCCUACAGAACCCUCCUCCCUGCAGGGCAGGUGGCCCUCGUCAGAGUCACCUGACCUUCCUUCGCACGGCCUACACCUAUAGUUUUACUCCUGGAACCAGAUACCCCCUCCGUGUCCCUAAACACCUCGAGUUCAGACGCAUCGGCUUUGUCGUGCUGCAGCAGCCCCCCCAUUCUCCGCUUCUCAACCCUCCUGCUUUAUCUGAUGGACGGGUGAGCCCCCCCUCACCACCCCCUCUAAACUCAUGUUCACCCUCUCAAAUUCUCCUUCAUAAACCCUGUAUGGCCAGAACAGAUCUCACAACUACUACCAUCAGUUCCAUCUGCACUACAACCAGAGAAGAAAUUCUAAGCCACUACUGGACCCUCGCCGGCCUGAGAAGGAGGCAUGCUCUAUGCCCCACCCUCUCGCAUGAAGUUGGUGAUAAACUCAUCAGGACGAAUGAGGAGAUUGAGAAAUGUGAGGAGGCUGAUGUCUUGUCGGCUGCAGGAAGGGUUGACUUACCUGAAGACAAGAAAACAAUGUCAGAGAGUGAACCGGAAGGGUCAAUGUCACCAUGCACAUCUGAAGAGCGUAAUGAAGAUGAUGGUGAUGAUGGAGGCUCAUCUUUAGAUGAAUCCAGAGUGUCAGUCCUGCAGCUGCAGAGUAAGCUGCUCUCAGGGGAGACUGAGGAUGAUGAUGACGAGAAGAGGGAGGCUGAAGAUGUGGCAUUUGCUCAGGAUUAUCUCCACAGAGUGUGUGAUGCAGUGCAGGGAUCUCCAGGCUGCUCUGAGCAGCUGCUGCAGGUGUUGAAUCAGUUUUCAGCAGCAGGGCCCCUGGGGGCCCUGGAGCUUCUGUAUGAUGGGCUACGCUGUGUGCUGCAGCCCUGGCCUCAGCUUUUGCGAGACUUUGCUGCCUUCCUAAACCAAGACCAGGCUAGUCGCUGUGGGCUGCUGUUAGAGCAACAGCUAUUUGAACGCAGCCGCCGGUUUCUAUGGCAACUGGGGCGGAGCCUAGGAGAAACUUCUUGUGUCUACCAACAGGUGGUGUCAGUGCUGCAGGGAAGCACCACCCCUGUACCUGACGACAUGGAGAAGAUCUCGACUCUCCUUGUGCACCACCGCCACCUGCAGCAGGAAUUCUGGCACUUUUUCCAGCAUCUUGAAUCUAACUCAUCAGAAACCAAAUCUGUAGCUACAGAGAUUACUCCUCCUGAGGAUAAGAGGAAGGGAGACCGAGAACACAAGACAGGAGAUGAAGUAGAUGAGGUGGAACACCCGUUGAUGACUGCAAGCGGAGAAAAAAUCACGUGGACUCGAGAAGCAGACCGAGCCAUUCUGACCGCCUGUCAACAGAGAGGAGCCACUCGGAAAACAUUCAGGCAGGUGUCUGCACAACUGGGAAACAAGACCACCCAGCAGGUGAGUCUCCGUUUCAAUGACCUGAUGAAUCUUUUCCACUCUACGUCCUUAAAAUCCACAUCCUGUCCAGACAGUGAAGAGACAGGAACCAGCGCUGGACUGAAGACACUGAUCUAGAUCUUUUGCUGUAAGAGAAUGUGACAUAGAUCAGUGUAUGACUCUAGGUGUUUUUUUUUCCUCAGGUUUUAGUGUGAAUCAUACUCCUCAGAACGGGUGUGUUUGCUCUCUAAAUACCUGUCAGGCAUUUGGUUUUCAUUAGGUUUUUGCUGGUACUGGAAACAAUCAUUAAAUCACUUCUCUUUUUUGUCUUGUGAUUUUAGUUUUGUUCAGUUUGUACCUUAAUUUUAAUUAACAGUUGUAGAAAUUACAAAAACACUUUCUAUAGAAUCGGAAGCAAAAAUUAUGUUUUUUCAUUAUGAGAAUAAGAAAACCUUUAAUAGUUGCACAAUGGGGUUAAUUAAAGUUUCAUAUAUAUAUUAUAUCCUUAUUUACUGUAGGAAACAUCAAUAAAAAAAUAACAGACAUUAAAAAAUAAUUUGCUCUCUUUAGCCAAGACGUGUUAAAAAGUGUCAAACUGGUUCUGUUGUCACAAACCCAUCUGCUUUUGAUCCUGGAAAUGGACAGUACCAUCCUCUCACCUGAUGGAUAAGCGUAUUAAGUCUACUUCAAUUUCCCAAGUUGCACUAGGGUCCUCACUCCCCUGAUUCCCAGCAGGCUUAAAUUCAUGAUGGGGAAAAUGUUUGUUCAUAUUGAAUAAAAGAAAAAUGUAGUUUGACUGAUUCAAUAAACUUUCUAUUUUUCCAGA